ACACCGGACCUGUCAGAGUUGCGUGGAAAAUUCAAGCAUUCGAUUUGUUUUGACGACACUUUCGAUACGGACUUAACGUGCUAAAAGCUAGAUUUUGGUACAGUUGAUGCUAAUACUAUUCUAAGUGAAUUUCAAUAACAUUCUUGUUUUAUUACUGACUUCAUAUCCAACAUAUGAAGUUUAGCUAACAUAAGCAAGCCCAUUCAUUAAAACAAACAAACAAAAUUCCUUCAAGAGCAGUCGACGACAACAUGUUGGAUCUUGUUUCAAGUUGUUUUGGUCAACGUAUUAAACACGAAGAUUCUUAUCAGCACAUGUCAAGUUACUUCCCUAACUAAACAAUGUGUGAAAUUACUCUGGAUUUGAAACAUCGCAGAAUUAUCUACAGCACAAAUUGGUUUCGCUAUUAUACAAUGUCACCAGUCAUUCAGCAAGGUAUUCGUCGACAAACAGGGAAACAACUAAAUCCAACCACUGGAGUCAGCAGAAGUCAUGGUGUCAACCAGAAAAAUAAAGAAAUGACUUCAAAACCUAAAAGAAAAGUUAUGCAAGCUGGAAAACAAAAGCUGAUUGGUUCUACCACUGAUUCCUCUGGGACCACUGAACAAACAUACCGUUCUGCUUCUCCAAGACUAAUAAACCGAAUUGAGACACAAAAGCCAACAUCAAAAGCUGAGCCACUUCGUUAUGUUGGUCACCCAAUUAAAACUAGUGUGCCGUUCAAUAGAAUGUUGUCUACCUCAACACCUGAUCCUGAAAAAUUUUUAACAACUGUCAACUGGACUGACUGUGAUACAAUUAAUGAUGGACUUGCUUCUAAUACUCAAAGCAAGCAAUUGCUACCUGAGAGACAGAAAUCAAAGAAACUGAUGCAAACUAAGAAAGCACAUGCGAUGCCUGUAACUUCCAAGCAAUGCAAAACUGACCAGAUCCUUAGAAAACAAAAAUCUCCUACAAACAUCACAAAUAAUGCAGUUCAACAAAAGAAAAAAACACAUUCUGAAGUAGAAAAUCCCAAAACAUCUUUGGGAAUUGGAGUUUCUUCUUCCAGUCCAUCUUAUGGAAAUGCUUACAGUUUCUCUGUUCACCAAGUUAAUAAAAUGUCGCCCAAGCUGGAUACUGUAAACAACCAAUCUGCAUUUGACCCUGUUGUACCAUCAUCUAAACAUGAGUGGAAAACCACUGCAAACGCUUCUUCAAAUGCCACGAAGCUUUCAUAUUCUCUAAGUCAAUGUAUUACAUCUUCAAAUGCUCAGAAACCUGUUUUAGAAAGUAUUCCUGUAGUUGUCCCAUUAAUUUCAACAGAAUCAGAUGCACCAAAUUUGGAUUCAAGACAAGUUCCUUCAUGUACUAAAGAACAAUCAACAUAUUACCCACCUGAUUUGCUCAACUAUAAACUUCCAGAUUAUCCUGCUAAAUCUACAAAUACUGCUGAAACACAACACCAAAUUCCAAUUCAAGAACCCCUUCAGCUGAUUCCAGAACGUCCCAUAUUUUUAGAUAAAACUGUUCAAACAAGCCAGCCAAAAGAACAAUUUUUUACAGGUAUAGACACAAUAAACACCAAACUACAACCAUCAGCUCCUGUUUCAAUAUCAAAUCAUCAAAUCAUAUCACCAGUUUCUAAUCAUUUUUUCACUCCUAUAAACCCAUCUCAGGGAAGUAUGGCAAAUGUAGGAGUAACUUUUGAAGAGCCUGUUCGUGAUAACAAUGUACCUGGCUAUUCUUCACAACUUAAUCAACCCAAAACUGUUCCUUCUAAUAACUUAAUUUCCGGUAAUUCAAAUCCUGCUGGAAAAUCUUUGAAAGGAUCUCAGGGAAAUGUUAGGAAUGGUUUUAAUGAUAAUGCAAGUCCACCAGAAUAUACCUUAGGUAAAACCACAAAAAACCAUCAGACUAUGCCAGGAAUAAACUGUAAAGAGAAUCCUAAUACUUAUGGAUGUUCAAGUAAUGGCUAUGAUAUUCAUCUCCAGUGGCAAAGUGUAGAAGCCUUAGCUGGAGCCAAAACUCUUAAGUUUAUAAUCAAUGAAUUAAAAGAAACCUGUAAAUCUACAAAUCACCGUGAAAUUAUUCGAAUGGUGAAUCAGUUAGAAGACCUUGUAAAUACAUUGCCUCAGCUUCAAGAUACCUUUGACCUUCAGACUGAAUUUUGUUUAGCUUUACAACCAUUACGAACAGAAAAUAACCGAUUGCACAAGAGUUUGAGGAUGCUUGCUGAAGAGAAGGCUCAAGUGGAAAAGAAGAUGGAGGAAGACCAUAGACGUGAAAUCUUGGAACUUCAGCUUCAGCUUUUAACUUUGGAGAAACAUGUCGAUGAAGAGAAAUUACAGAACCAGUUGCAGUUGCAUCACCACGAACAUGUAAUUAAGGAUCUGAAGAAUGAACAAGAAUACCUGGUGAAGGACCUUGGUAAAAGGGAUAAUUCUCAACUGAACAUGAGGCUAAAAAACUGGGAAGAGAAUCAGGUGUUGUCAAAAACAAUCCAGGAAGUUAAAGACCAACUAGCACAGAAUGUUCAUAAUCUGGACGUUUCUGAGAAGAAGAAUCACAUUUUGCAGCUCACAGUUGAACAGAGAGACAGAGAGAUAUCCAACUUGCAUGGUGUUCUACAUUCUGUCCGAAAAGCUAUGCAAGGUGUAUUGGAGAAUAUUGACCCUUUAAGUGGAAACACUUCUGGCACAGAUACAUUGGGAAGAUUUUUUAAACUUUUCUGUCAUGAAACUGAUCCUGAAUGUUCAAGCUCUAUGUUAAGUGCCUGUUCCAAUUCAAGAAUGAUGUUAGCUGAAUCACAGAAAGUUUCUUCGAAUGUUGACACUGGCAAAGAGAAUUCCUCUAAUGUUACACCAAAGCGAUCUGCUUCUGAACAGUCAGUUGACCAGAGGUUGCAAGCCUUGUGGAAAACAAUGACCGGCACCAGCAACUCAGUAAUGAAUCCUGCUGGAAGUGCAAAUGCUUUGGCAAACUCUCCUAAACACAACCAGCCGGGAGAUAUCAGCGUAAAUGGUUUUGAACUUCCACACUGUCCUGUGUUUGAGUCCAGAGAACAAAUCGAUCAACAGAACCGACUUUACAAUUAUCAGAUGGAAACUAAAGAUUCUCUUGCUUUGAAAGAUAAUGACCAACAGUCCAAGCCUGAUAGAGAUAAUGUUUCCUGUCUCAGUAGUAAAUUAGAACAUUCCUUUGACUCUCAGAACAAAAUGGAAAUUAGUAAUGAUUCAAGAGCCAGCAUUACUGAUUAUUUUCAGAAAUAUCCCAGGGCAAAAGCAUUGAAUGGUCUGGUUGGUGCUGAUAGCAAAUCUAUUAGUAAUUACGAAGCUGAAAGGGCUCAACCACUCUCUGUUGUUCUAAAGAACAUAGUAACUUCUUCACCAGUCAAAGAAAUUUGUUGUGAUUCUGAUGAGAAACAUAAGACCAACAAUACUAAUGAUUAUCAUAAUAUAGACGAUGAGGAGACGGUUUCAAAUCUAUCUCAGUACACUAUCAAUACAGACUCUUCAUUGAAUGCAGAUAUACUGAACUUCCGAAAUGGCUUAGCAUCUUUGGAUGCUGACAUUGCACAGCUAGAACAAUCUAUUAAGGAGAGUAAAUAGCAUUUUAAGAAAUCAUUGCUGCUGUUUGUAUUUUUUUUAAAUUUAAUUUAAAACAAUAUUUUAACUCGACUGUGAAAUAAAGUGAACCUAAAAUUUAGCUAAUUUUUUCAACUGUCCACCUACUUAUCAAGUUUACCCCCACAUAUGUCAUUGCCGCUGGUUUAUGGACUUUGUAUACACUAAAUGAAAUAUAUUUUUUUUAAUCUUGUAAAAAUAAAAAAUUAUUAUUUUUA